AUUGUGAACUGCAAAACAGCUGGCGUUUUGAUUGCUCUGCGGCUUUAAACAAAUUAGUAAAGUAAAUAAAAACUGCAUUUUACGUCCAAGCACUUAGAUGGCUUUUUAUUACCUGUAACAAAGUCUACAAAUCGCAAUGGAUUCGUCUCCGUGUUGCUUACUCUGCAUGUGCGAGUAUCCGGCCAUGAUGGGGGACUAUAUAGAUGUACACUCCGCGCGGGGCGUUCAACUGGAGGUGACUAGGAUUGUCAACCAGCACUUCCCCGUCCAGAUCUCCAAGGAAAGCGACGAAAGGAUAUGCGGACGCUGCUGGAAAACCGUCUCCGACUUCCACACUUUGCACGACUUCGUCAGUGCAGCGCAGAGUUCGUUACAGGAAACAAAAGUGGCGCUCAUGGAGGAUGAUCCUCUAACACAGGAACCUACGUCCUUCCCGGAGAUUCUUAAACUGCCAACUCAGGAGGACGAGCGGUUGCCGGAACCACAAGAGCUUGGCGGACGGAACUUCUUCUACCCAGAGGUUAAGAUUGAGGAGCAUGAACUAGAUACUCUUCCCCGCAUCGAGAUCUUGGAGAGUUCGGCAAACACACAAGAAAACCAAGACCAACUUGAGGGCGCAGCCAGACGCCUUAGAAAGCGUUUGAAGGCAGAGGAAGGAUCCUCUAUAGACAAGGAUAACGAAGAAGAUGGAGUAGAAGAGACUGCAGAGCCUGCGCCCAGAAAGCGGCGUGGGCGACCAAGGAAAACAGACGCAACCGUUGCCCCUCCCCAAAAACCUAAGGAAGACAUUCAACUGGACCUUAAGGCUGAAGAGUUUGACGAGUUCGGAGAUGAGGAGACGGACCCUGACUUUUCAUGCCUGGUGCCCAGCGAUGAUUCCUCUGAGGACGACGGAGGCAGCGGUGGCUUCGACUCCGACUCAGACUUUGAGCUAGACAAUGGAAAGCAAGAGUUUGCCGUGCUGCCGAAAAGAACAGUAGUGCGUCCCAAGAAAUACAAGAAGCGGACGAAACCGGCGGAGCCGAAAGUCCGCAUGUCCCGCGAGCUGCUGGAGCAGCGCAAGAAGCAGCAGGAGGAGUACGAUGUCAUCAUCGCCAAGUUCUUUACCAGUGUGCUGCCGUGUGCCAUCUGCAAUCUGCUGGUGCACAACUUCACCGAGAUGCAGCGUCAUCACCGACUGACCCAUCAAGUGGAUCCCGGCUACAUGAUGUGCUGUGGUCGCAAGUUUACGCAGCGCAAAGUGCUGGCCGAGCAUGUACUCGUCCACUGGAAUCCUGAUCACUUUAAGUGCAGCGUCUGUGAGAAGUCAUUCCAAAAUUCCCGACAUCUUGAGUCGCACCAACAGGUGCACAUGGAUCCCGCCGUCAAGCUAACCUUUAGCUGCGACCUGUGCUCGAAGACCUUCCUUAGCAAGACGGCCAUAGACUAUCACAAGCUUAACAAGCAUGUGCCCAAGUCGGAGUUCAAGUUCACCUGUUCCGAGUGCAAUAAGAAAUUCCUCACCGAGCGCAAGCUUAAGAACCACAUGAGCUCCAUGCACGACCCAGAGAGUACCAUUAUCUGCGACAAGUGCGGCAAGCAGAUGCGCACCAAGAUUAUCCUAAAGAAGCACCAGGAGCUGAUGCACUCAGAUAAGCCACGUCCGGAGCCGGAGCUGCAGCAAUGCCAGAUAUGCGGCGCUUGGCUAAAGGGCAUGACAGGCCUGAAGCAGCACAUGAAGAGCAUCCACGUAGAAAGUGCCGGCGAGCAUCGCUGCCACAUAUGCGCCAAGGUGUCCCCAAAUGCCAGGGCUCUCAGGCGUCACAUCUACCACAAUCACGAGUGCGAGCGCAAGUUCAAGUGCACCAUGUGCGAAAAGGCUUUUAAGCGGCCGCAGGAGCUCAAGGAACACACAUCUACACAUACUGGUGAAGUACUCUACACCUGUCCCAACUGCCCGAUGACAUUCUUCUGCUCCGCCAACAUGUACAAGCAUCGCCAGCGAUUGCAUCGCGCCCAAUACGAGGCAGACAAAAACCAGCCCAAGCCACCCAACAUCCUGAAGAUUUCGCGUAACGCCUCGACGCAAAACAAGCCGAAACAGGAGAUCUAGCACCGAAAGAGAAUUGUUUAAUAGAUUCAAACGCCUUUUCUCACUUUCACAGAAUUAGCUCGAGUUAAAUUUAAACUGUCCAAUAUCAUUAUAAAUUAAUGACACAUUCGCACACAUUUUAAUUAUUUGUCCAUAAAACAUAGAAUAAACGUAUUGUUUAAGUCACUCUCUUUCGAAGGAAAUCUGUGAAAGUUGAUAUUCAAAGAGCGUUUUGUACCUUAGUCCUAAGCUGAAAGUAUUUAAUAA